UACGUUUUACUGGGCACCUCUAUCCUGCUACCUCGGCCAGCCCAGAAUUUGUCAGAAGAGACAAGCUUCUUUCUCUCUUCUUUCCCAUCAACUUUGGAUUCUUCUGAUUAACUUUCUCUUGCCGUCGUCUGUCUGCACGAUGUACCGUCGUCUCUGGUCGGGUCUUCCCAAGGACCCUGUCUACCCGUCAAACCUCAAGGAUCUCGGGUAUUUCAUCAACGAGGAUGACGAAAUUCGGUCUAUCGCCGACCCGGACAGGUACUUUCAUUUUUUCAUAGACAAGAACCAGCGGAUCAACUACCGCCAGCGCUUCCAUUUCAACCAAGCCAUCCAGAACAUUGUAUUCCACCGUCUGGAGAAGGAGGGCCUGGAGAAAGUACUCCUGCCACUAGGCACCACGGACGAGUCACAGCCCCACGUUCCCAUCUUUGCGAGCCAGAAUCUGAAGGAGAAGAGCCGUGUCGUCGUCAUUUUCGGCGAGCCCCACCAAAACCUCGGCAACCUCGCGCUCCGCGUCGCCAAUGGACGCGGCGGCAUCAACAAAGGCACCAUGGUCUCCGUCGUCCGCGACCUGCAAGCGCAGCAGUCGUCCGCCGACGACCCGCGAGCUCCGGGUGUCGUCCUCGCGAAUGUCGGCGGUGUCUUCUGGUGGCCCGAGGGUCGCACGGCUCUGACCCUCGCCGCCGUCGCCGACAUGCCCCUCGCCAGUAUGGCCCACACCGGCCGUCGCAUCACUGUCGCCAACCGCAUCCCCGGCAGCGAGACGCCCGAGAACCAUAUGGAGUCUAUUCUGCGCCAGGUGCUGCCUGCCCUCGCUUCGAGCGAGGCAUGUAUUGACUUGAUUGCCAUCGGGGAUCCUUCUGACAUGCUGGUGAAACUUCUCGAUCGGGAGGAAAUCUGGACACAGUGGGGUCAUCGUAUCAAUACACUCUCUCUUCUGGAGGUGGUUUUGCUUCCAAAGGAAAUCCGUAGUGAGGAGCUUAAGCGCUUUCUGGAAAAGCGUGCUCGGCGUUACGUUUUGUCGGACGAUCCCUUAGGGACUCCUAUCGCCGGUAGUGCCCCCGACACCUUUAGUUCCGGCGAGAACUUGUACGCCGAGUGCAUCCUGAUCAAGGCUCGUCCUUUUAUUCUAGGCUGGCUCGAGGAGAUGGCACGUCAGGGAUAGAUAGGGGUGAAUUUUGACGAGGGGGUCCGGGUCGUCAAGGGGGGUUUACGAAGAAGAUACUUUACAGCAUUCAUUCCCUGGAUAAAUGCCAGACUCUCUGCGAAUGAAGGGAUUCUCGACAUCAUCGGUGUAGUGGCAUCGUUUUUCUAUCCGUUUGAUCAUCUUCCAUCCCGUCGACGAUUUGAUUGAUUUGGGGACCUACGAAUGGAUAAAAUGAUCGGGCACUUAUUGCCACCUAUCUCCACCUGGUACCACUUGUCUUCGCGUUAGCUCACGCUUCCUUCAUCCGUCAUCGACAUCGGCAUCGAACAGGCGGCUUUUAU